UAAUUGUUACCAGAAAAAGUACAACAUUCCUGAAAGCUUCCUCGAACUCACUGAACCAAAGCUUGCCGUAGGUAGAGCUCCUUCAUACUGGCCGCACUUAACCUGUAGCACAUGAGUCGCGUCUAAACACAGCUUGUCCACCGUCUCCAAACGCUCUCUCCUGCUUGCCUCUGCCUGCCCGCAGUUUCCCAAGGUGGGCGGCUGGGUCCCGCGCGGGUCUGGAAGCAGUAGGCGGGCGGAGAGCGAGAAGGGAGGAUCGCGUCGCUUCUCUCCUCCCAGCCCAGGACGCGCGGGCUCGCUACACCGGGAUUGUGGUCGCCAUGUGAAGCGGAAAAAAUGGAGAACAUUCUGAGGUAGAAAUAAACACAAUGAACAAAGUGUGUGUGUUGCGUCCUCGCGCUUCGUGCGUAGUACAGAGGACUGCGUGAUUACGUGUGUGUCGAGUUUCCCUCGGGAUUCGUGACAUGUUUAAAAUGUUGAAGUUUGAAAAUCCGUCUCGGCUCUCGGGUUUCAAAUGUUCGACGCUGCCGCUCGACAAACCCACCAACAACUUCGCCAAGAUGAGGCGAAUCCUUCGGGCAUCUGGAGUGGGGGCAGAGGGGCGCCAGGAUCCCCCUGUCCUGCCCGUGCCCACUGUGCCGCCAUACCCUAUCGAGAUGUUCGAAAGCAACCAAGUCCUCGGCCAUACUAACCCAGCGUUCAUCUUCACUGACGAGUUCCUUGAGGCCAACAACCUCAAGGCAACAUCUCCAUCCGCAUCUCAGGUGACGAGUGACGACGCCCCCAGCUCUCGGUCCUCCCCGGAAGGCGCUGUGUAUAGCGUGACGGGCGGCACGGUGAGGAGCCUGGGGUCAAGUGAGAGCGAUGAGAGGACGCCUCAUGACUGUUCCCCGCGAGACAGUGAAGUGACCACACUUAGUGAUGAGGCUUCUUCGGGAAGACAGAGCUUCCUUAGCGGUGUUUCUCGAGGAUCCAAUGAAGACUCUGCUCGUGGUGGCAGUUGUAGCGGCUCUGCAUCUAACGAUGGUGAACUUAUUAAGCAUUCUUCUGUGAUUCACUCGUCAAAUGCUUCCUCUGUUCACACUGCAGGCUCAUUGCCUUGCACUGGUCCACUAAAUAACAGUGACACCGUAGAUACAGGUGGCCCCAUGGCAAGCAAUGACUCUAUACCCAACACUGACCACAGACCCAGUAAUGGCACGGUGCCAAAAAGUGACUGUAUCCCGAGCGAUGCCUCUGUAAAAAACGAAAUUCCCAGACCCAACGUUAGAUCCUCCAGCAGCGAUGAUGCCUUGCUUGCCAGUGGUCCAGAUUCCACCAGCAGUUCCUUACCAAAUGGUGGCCCUGUUCCUACCAGUGGCAGCGGCACUCCUCUACUAAAACGGUGCCACAUAUCAAUCUGCAGAGAAUCCCUUCCCAAUGGUGGCUUAGUGGCUAACAGUGGCCCGAUUCUCAAUGGUGGCCCUUUACCUAAUGGUGGCUCUGUUCCUAAUGGCAGUCUCAUACCUAAUGGUGGCCCUGUACCCAAUGGUGGCCCCGUGUCUAAUGGUGGACCCAUACCUAACGGUGGACCUGUCCCGAGAUUCCCUGUACCCACCCAUGGCACUCUGCAGAAUGGGAGAGACCUUAAGAAGAGAGGUUUUGCUCCUCCUUCCUAUGUCGAAGUGAUGAGCAGAGGGAGGCUGAUAAACACGCGGCUGCCACAGGGACAGUGGCCCGUCAGACAUCCAGUCAGUGGUCGCCCGGUGGCCAAGAGUGCGUCCCUCUCUCUCAGUGGAUCCAUCACCCCGGUUCAUCGUGGACGAAUUGGCGGGUCACUAAACUUCACACGACAGGGCCAGCAACUUCACCCAGGCAGCAGUCGCUACCCAAAUGAGCGCCACAGGAUGGCGAGAGACUUCCCUCCGCCGCCACGCCCGGAGAUGACAGGUGGCGUGGCCCAGGCGGGAAGAACUGCGGGCAGUGGUGCGCCUCCCUACAGACCCUCCAUAAAUCACAGCAAGGCCGGCCAUCCCUCAGGUGACCAGGUGGACAGGGCAGCUGCCAGCGACCCGACAAAUGGAAGAAAUUCGUCGCACCCUUCCAUCAGCACGGCACAGGUCACACCCAGCAAGGCAUCCUUCCCAUAUACAGCCAAGUCUGCAAAGCCAAGAAGGCGCGAAAGGCAAUGAGUGAUAACACGGUCCACAGGAAAGAGUGCCCCACCACGAGAGGCCUCACUAUGCCCAGGUCCCCACGGCUCCUUCUUCCACGCUGGUCAGACGAGACGAGCGGGGAAAUGUCCCCAACAACCGCCCUGCCGCUCCGCCCAGGCCUGACGGCAGUCCGCUGUACGAAGACCUUGCUGAAUUCGAGGACGACAGAGCCGAGGAGAGGCAGUAUAAUAUAGAAGUUAAAAUUGAUUAUUCCCGCGGCAGCAAA